GUUUAGGCUUAGACUUCCCCGGCAACUUGGUCGCAAUUAACACCCGCCUGUUAUCGAUAUGUCCGACACGUAACGCCUCGUGCGGCUGUUCAUAGCGCAUGUAGAAUUUUAAGUUGCGACUUCUGCGCUACGCGCUUUAUUUUACACGGCUCCCUUCGCGUUCUUCGCAGAUAAAAUCGUCGCAUAAAUGAUUAACAAUCGCGCCCGGCUCGCGUGUUCGCAGGUUGUACUGGCUGCGUCUAGCACGUAUUUUGACACGAUUCUCUCGCAAUAUCAGGAGAAGGACCCUAUCGUCAUCAUGCGUGACGUCAAAUUCUUGGACCUCGAAGUACUGGUUGACUGCAUGUACAAGGGAGAGGUCAAUAUUGAUCACACGAGGCUGUCGUCGUUACUAAAAAUCGCCAAGGAUUUAGACAUCAAGGGGUUCGCCGAGUUGAGCUCGUGCAGCGUCUCCAGACAAAAUGAUUUGAAUACUGGCCAUAGUCCCAGCACCGGCACGCCCGGCGUGGAGACGGUUUUACAGAAGGGUAAAGACAAGACUCAACCGACUCCCAACAAGAGACGCAGAGAUAGUCCGCCUCUGGACGACCUACCGUCGACACAAAACGUCUUAACACCCACUCCGUCAAACAUUAACGCCACAAAUUUGUUAAAUUCCGAACAAUUCCAACAGGAGUUCUGGAAGAAACCGUCCACGCGCCGCGUUAUGGACGCCAUCAAGAGCAAAGAGUUCGAGAUGAAGACUGCCGCCGAGAUCCUCGGCGUCUCUUAUGGCACUCUCUAUGGGAGAUACCGCGACAGUUAUGGUUGUCUUAAACACCCGUACAGAGUAAGGGAUUUUUCGUCUAAGCCGGGCCGCGCGGAAGUGCUGACGAAGCUGCGGCAAAAGGAGGGGACAUUAUUACGACCCGCCAAGUUCCCCAAUGUCACCGGCCACACGCUCGCGACUUAUCGUCAACGCAGGGCCCGCAUAGAAUCUUAUUGUCCGGCGACCUCAACGCAGCGUCCAGCGGUUGUACUGUCGGCGUGCAGUACGUAUUUCGACACAAUCCUAUCGCAGUACGAGGAGAAGGACCCUAUCAUCAUCAUACGUGGUGUCAAAUUCUUGGACCUCGAACUACUGGUUCAGUUCAUGUACAAAGGAGAGAUCAAUAUUGAUCACGUGAGUAUUAAUGUCGCGCGCGUGGUUAGGCUUGUCGCUUAUACUUAGUCGCUUAUACUUGGCGCGAGACACUACCGUGUCUCGUGAUACAUCUCCCGCGAGUGAUUUCUCUUCGCGGCUGAUUU